CUGCCCCACCGCCCCCGCCGCCAUUGCCCCGCCCCGCCGGCUGGGUCCCCGCCCCGCGCGGCGCGCGCCCACCCCCGUGCGGCGCCGCUGCAGCCCCCGCGCGCAUAUAGGCUCGUCCGCCGCACUGCCCGCGUUGCCGCCGCUGCCGCCUCCUCCAGGCAUGGCACAGGGCUGUACCUCACUAUGGCAGCAGCGCGGCACAGCACCCUGGACUUCCUGCUCGGCGCCACAGCUGAUUGCAAUGCUGUUCUUAAAGCUCUACAGCCCAUUUUUCAGGAGCAGGGAAUGACAGAAACAGUCCAUAACUGGGAAGACCAUGGCUAUUUAGCAACCUACAUUAAGAAAAAUGGCAGUUUUGCCAAUUUGAGAAUUCACCCUCAUGGUUUAGUGUUGGUGGAUCUGCAGAGCUACAGCGAUUAUACAAAAGGAAGAGAGGAAGUUGAUCAGCUUCUAAACAAAGUAGAAGACAGAAUGAAAGAAUUGUUUCAUGGUAACAUAAAAAGGGUGAAACGAUUGCCAGCCAUUUUGAGGGGAGGUGUCAUCGAUAGAUACUGGCCCACAGCUGAUGGGCGCCUGGUGGAGUACGACAUAGAUGAAGUUGUUUAUGACGAAGAUUCACCCUUUCAAAAUAUUAAAAUCCUGCAUUCAAAACAGUUUGGGAAUAUUCUUAUCCUCAGUGGGGAUGUCAAUCUGGCUGAGAGUGAUCUGGCAUAUACUCAAGCCAUAAUGGGCAGCGGAAAGGAAGACUACACUGGGAAAGAAGUGCUAAUCCUAGGAGGUGGUGAUGGAGGUAUACUAUAUGAGAUAGUCAAACUGAAGCCAAAGAUGGUUACUAUGGUAGAGAUUGACCAAAUGGUGAUCGACGGGUGUAAAAAAUACAUGCGUAAAACAUGUGGAGAUGUCUUAGACAAUCUGAAUGGAGAGUGCUAUCAGGUUCUGAUUGAAGACUGUAUUCCCGUAUUGAAGAGGUAUGCCAAAGAAGGAAGGAUGUUUGAUUACGUAAUCAAUGAUCUGACAGCUGUUCCAAUCUCCACAUCUCCAGAAGAAGAUUCCACUUGGGAAUUUCUGCGGUUGAUUCUUGACCUCUCAAUGAAGGUCCUGAAACAAGAUGGAAAAUACUUCACACAGGGAAACUGUAUCAAUCUGACCGAUGCCUUGACUCUAUAUGAAGAACAGCUUAGCAGGCUUUAUUGUCCUGUGGAAUUUUCAAAAGAAACUGUGUGUGUUCCCUCCUACAUGGAAUUAUGGGUGUUCUACACUAUUUGGAAGAAACAAACGGACAUCUGAACAUCAAGAUUAUUUGAGAUUAUCCUAAACGUACAUGCUGCAUGGAGCAUAUAGGCCUGCCACGUGCUGCAUAUUGUCAUCUUGAACCUUUAAAUUAUAUGCUGUAGAUGAUCCUGAAACUUAGUCAUACUAUUGAUUGUGAAUUCUUUAAAUGUUUUUAUUAUUAUUUUAAUUUAAAAGCAAAUGGAAAAUGUAUAUUUUGAUGAGCUAGGGUGUUAUUUUUGAAAGUCAACUUAAAGAUGAAUAAGCAGCAAACCUGUAUAGCUGCCGAAUGCACUGAACCUUUAGAAUGUGAUCCUUUUUAUUUUUUUGUAGAUCUUCACAAGCUGAUUAAAAAAGACAUCUUUAGCAUUUCACCCCUGUAGGGUGGUCCAUGGAGUUUGUUUGUGGGUUAUUUUUGUUUUUUUCUACCAGAUUUUUUUUUUAUGGUGCUUUUUAAGGAUGGAGGGUUUUUUUUUGAUUUUUAAAAAUGAACAUUGCAGUGCUUCCGUACAGAGAAGGGCAUAACUAAAUAAGGAAAAAAAAUUCUGAAAGAAUACCCUAUACCCUCAUUGCAAAGGAAUAAAGCUAAUCUUUAAUUUUGUUUAUUCACUCUAGUUUAAUUUGCUGUAAUCUCUUCUGCAGGAGAAGCUUUGACCUUUCACCUCAUGGAAUUCUUUAGCUGCUGCCAUAUUGAUAAUUUAGAUUUUUGAUAGGGAUUUAACAGUAGGCUAUAGAGGCACUUCGAACUCUGUUGGCAUGAAAAUUAAAGCUGGUUUUCCAUCCCACCACACAAGAUGCAAGAAAUUGAGUGUAAUGGGAUUCUUGUGGGCAUAUGCUCCUCAACCUUAUGGGAAGCACUAUGUUUUUGAAGAAAGAAAGGUUGCUUUAGAGGGUGAAGAAUUGUGGGUACGAUCUAGAUUCAUGUGUGUCAGUACUGAAUGUUUUGAGGCAAGUAUGUAUACUUCACUAGGGUAAGUCCUGGUUGUAUUGCCACAGGCUGACAAUGUUGUGUGGGGCUCUUGCUGAAUUAGGUCCACUUGCAGUAUAAAAAUCAGUGGAAGCUGGGUUGCAAAAUAGUUUUGUUGUGAAAGAUAAGGCAUUUUUCUCUUUCUCAUGUUGUCUGAAAAGUUAUAUUUUUGUAAGAAUGUCCAGUAUAUGACUAAACCUUUGCUUUCAGUGUUUAGAAGAUCCCACUUGAAGGGAGGUAGGAAGGACUGUAACCCUUCUGUGCAUUUCCAAGGUAGAAUAAAAAGUGCACUAU